CCAUUGUGCUGAUAUUCGUUUAACAUGAGAGUGCUUGCAGUUCUAGCUAUUGCGGGGAUUGCCUUGGCGGCAGCCCUGGAGGAGGCCGUGCCCGUGAAGGACAUGCCCGUGGGCAAGAAUGUGAACGGACGCAUCACCAUGGGCUAUCCGGCGACCGAGGGCAAGGUUCCGUAUAUUGUGAGCCUGGUUUUUAGCAAUGAAAUCGGCGCAUCUUGGUUCUGCGGCGGCUCCAUCAUUGACCACACGUGGGUCCUCACUGCCGCCCACUGCACGCAGGGGGCUAGCUCUGUGAAGAUUUCCUAUGGCUCCGUGUGGCGCAACCAGCCGCAGUUCACGCAUGUGGUGCAACAGGGGGACAUUGUGCAGCACGACGCAUACAGCACGACGACCAUCAACAAUGACAUCUCACUCAUCCGCACUCCGCACGUGGAAUUCUCGUCGCUGGUCAAUAAGGUGGAGCUGCCCCGCUACGAGGAUCGCUACAACAACUACUACGGCUGGUGGGGCCUGCUCUCCGGCUGGGGGAAGACCUCCGACUCCAGCGGCGUCUCCGAUUACCUGAACUGCGUCGACAUUCAGAUUGCCGACAAUUCCGUGUGCGAGGCCCACUACGGCACCACGACCAUCACGCCCAAUCAUGUGUGCAUCGCCACGCCCGAGAACAAGGGCUCCUGCAGUGGAGAUUCCGGUGGUCCCCUGGUCCUGCACGACGGCAAUCGCCAGGUGGCCAUUGUGUCCUUUGGCUCUUCUGCUGGCUGUCUGUCGAACAGUCCGAAGGGCAUGACUCGCGUCACUUCAUACUUGGAUUGGAUCCGUGACCACACGGGCAUUUCCUACUAAUCAAUAAAUGACUUGUGAAUGAAAAUAUAAA